CUUGCGCCAGAGGGGGGCAGGGGAGGUAGAAUGCCCCUACGGAUGGAGGCUCCAUUCCCGGUCUCUUUCGAGGAGGUGUUGGCCGGCGGGCGCGAAACGCCCCCGCGCCCCGGUCCCUGUGUGGUGGAGCGUCGCUCGCUCGGAGCCCUUGCGGAGCGUGGGCUGCCUGCCUGCUGGGGGCCCUACAGCCAGGCCAGCGUGGGGGCUUGUUUUGGGCGGGGGCUUCGAGGCUGGCGGGCUGACUCACGUGGCGAGAGGUGCCGCAAGCGCUGGCCUCGGCGCUGCUUGGCUUUGCGCCCCGUUAGGCUUAGCGGGAAUCUCCGGAGCUUGUCCGGCCCUUGGACGCCUACUGCUGGUUUCAGGCACGCUGUUGAGGCCAAGCACAGGCUGUCCCGGGCCCUGAGGAUUGCGGCGGCCCGGGAGGGGAUGGCGGCCGGUGCCGAGCCGCUCCUGCGCUGCGUCGGCGGCGCCCUGGUGACUUGGCAGGAGCGGCGGCGUAGGCUGCCCUGAGCAGAGAGGGCAGCGCUUCCGCUGGGAAUCUGAAGAGGCAGCAAAGAAACCUCCUCCUACUUAAAUAAAUAAAUAAGGCCGACUUCUGCAUCUGUGUGGCUGGCCUGACCUCUUUCUGAUCAGGACCCAAAAAGAAGCUGAGAGAGACCUGUAGGGGACCAGCAAGAGCACAAUGCCAUCGGAGGUGACAGAAGGGUUGGAAGAGACUGAGAGCCUCUCUUAUGAGGAACUGGAAGAGGAUGGCAGCGUCAGCCCCUCAGACCUAUCAGAACUGCUCAAGGAAGGGACCAAGGAGUCACAUGAUCAGGCAGAGAACACUCAGUUUGUCAAAGACUUCCUGAAAGGAAAAAUCAAGAGGGAGCUUUUCAAGCUCGGCACAGUGGCACUGUUCUUCACGUACUCUGCUCUAGAGGAGGAAAUGGAACGCAACAAGGACCACCCGGCAUUUAUGCCUCUCUAUUUCCCACUCGAGCUACACCGGAAGGAGGCCCUGGAGAAAGACCUGGAGUAUUUCUACGGAGAAGGCUGGCAGGGGAAAAUCCAGUGCUCAGAGGCAGCCCAGCGCUAUGUGGACCGGAUCCAUCAUAUCGGGCAGCAUGAGCCAGAGCUGCUAGUGGCUCAUGCCUAUACCCGCUACAUGGGGGACCUCUCUGGGGGGCAGGUGCUUAAGAAAGUGGCCCAGCGGGCACUGAAGCUGCCCAGCACCGGAGAAGGGGUCCAGUUUUAUGUCUUUGAGAACAUUUCCAAUCCCCAGCAGUUCAAACAGUUCUACAGAGCCCGACUGAAUGCCCUGGACUUGGACAAGGGGACCAAGGAGCGGAUUGUCGAGGAGGCCAACAAGGCCUUUGAGUUCAACAUGCAGGUUUUUGACGAACUGGACAAGAUUGGGGCUUUGCUAACAGAAGAAGUCCAAGAUGGUGGCCUCCGACUGCAUGACGGACAAGGAGACCUGCGCAAAUGCCCCUAUUACGCUGCUAAGCUUGCUGGCAGCAGCGAGGGCACUGGCUGCCCCUACCAUCUUGCUCUGGCCCUGCUGAAGCAGCCCCCUGUGCAGCUGGCUCUGGCUGCCUGCCUGGCUGUAGCAGCAGGGGUGGCCGCCUGGUACGUGAUGUGAGGUGCUCUGGAGCAGUGGCUCUGCUGCCCUCCCCAGCCAUGGAAGGAGAUGCCUGCAUUUGUUUGGCAGGACUGCUACUUCUUCCCACACGGUUGAGCUACAGAAUUAAAACCCAAAUGCACAAUGAA